AAAAAUUUCGUGUAGAAGUAAAUUCUAUUUAAAAAAAAAGUUCUGGUUACUAAAUUCUGGCUCUUCAUACGAUUUAUCCCAAGAUAAUAAUCUAGAAAGAAAACAAGAUGGGGGAUAAAAAGGAUUUUUCUCCGUCAUCUUCGACGACCGACGACAAUAUGUGCGCUGUAGCAACCGCAGCAACUACAUUUACUACAACUUCAGGAGCUACAAUUAAAGUAAAUGGAAUCAGAGACGACAACGAUCAGUGCGACAAAGACGAUGAACAUUACGAGGAAGUGGAAGUGUUGGAGGAGCAAAAGUUGAAAUGUAAAAUUGAUGAUGCUGACAUAUCGUGGGUUCCAUCAAAAAAACAAACUGACAGAAAAAGGGUUGAUUCAUCACAUGUUAAGACCCCAUUGCCAAUAAUUUCAAAAUUAUCGACAACUGCAAAUAAAAUGAAACCAGAAACAUUGGUAGAGCCAGACACUACAACGUCGAUUGAGCUUACAGUCUCUACAGAACCCGGGAUCCCAUCAGAGCCACGUGGUUUGGUAGAACAACGAGCCUCAGUAGCACAACAAGCUUCGAUAGAACCAAAAGCUCCCGUUGAGCCAAAAUCCCCGACAGAUCCGAGACAUCCGAUAGAGCCAGGAACUCCGUUAGAACCCACACCUCCCACAUCUCCGAUAGAUGCAAGUUCAGAGAAAAAAAGACUUAAUGACGAUUGCUUAUCGACUGUAGAAGAAGAAGAAUACGGCGAUGAAGAUAUCCGUUCUUACUGUUGUAGAUGUUGGAAGGAAAUUACAAACUGUUUCUUAUUAUUUUUCGGGAUUUUGGUGUUUACGUUCUCAGUCAUUUUUUACGUCAUUGUGCUACAUUUGUCUGAACGGGACUAUGAUCCUAAACAUCCGCCAGCCUGUGCCCAGCCAACAUUACAGCGAACCAUUUAAGCCUUUUGACUGUUUUAAAUAUAUUGAAAAGUGAAAAUACAACUUGAGUAAUGAUCAUCUUACUGAUUCCUGCUUCUAUUAUGUGAUUUAAUAAAUGACAUUUUCUUAUGAACAGUUUUUAUGAAGAUUUUGAUUAGUGUUUUUAAAAAAUUGUUAAAAAUAAAUUUUAGCCAACUUUUAUUAUGUUUUAUAUAGCUAUCCAAUUAAGUCUGAAUGAUUAGAUGCUCGCAGAAAAUUCAAUAAAUAUGAUAUUUUUGUC